GGGCCGCGGAGCCGCCGCUUCCGCCUUCGCCAGACAUGGUCCCGGAGGCCGGCUCCCCGUGGCUGCUGAGGCUGCUCCGGGACAUCCAGCUGGCCCAGUUCUACAGAUCCAUACUGGAGGAGCUGAAUGUUACCCGGCCGGAGCACUUCGACUUCGUGAGACCUCAGGAUCUGGACGGCAUUGGCAUGGGCCGGCCUGCCCAGCGCAGACUGGCUGAAGCUUUGAAGAGGCACCGUUUGGGACACAAGCCUAAGAACUGGGUCUACAAGAUCCUUGGGGGGUUUGCCCCUGAACAGAAGGAGACGACCACCCCACCUUCAGACAACCCUCCACCCCUCCCUGAGCCAGAGGGGGGACUCAAGUGUCUGAUCCCAGAUGGUGCUGUGUGCAGAGGGGAGCUGCUGGGCUCCGGCUGCUUUGGCGUGGUGCACCGCGGGCUGUGGACACUGCCUGGCGGUCAGAGUGUCCCAGUGGCUGUCAAGUCCCUCCGGGUGGCUGCCGACGGCUCCGUGGGCACAGAGCUGAGGGACUUCCUUCGAGAGGUGUCGGUCAUGAUGAACUUGGAGCACCCACAUUUGCUGCGCCUGCACGGGCUCGUGCUGGGCCAGCCCCUGCAGAUGGUGAUGGAGCUGGCGCCGCUGGGCUCCCUGCACGCGCGCCUGACCGCGCCGGCGCCCGCACCCCCGCUGCCUGUGGCUCUGCUCUGCCUCUUCCUGCGGCAGCUGGCGGCGGCCAUGGCGUACCUGGGGGCCCGCGGGUUGGUGCACCGGGAUCUCGCUACACGCAACUUGCUGCUGACUUCACCGUGCACGAUCAAGGUGGCCGACUUCGGGCUGGUGCGGCCGCUGGGCGGCGCCCGGGGCCGUUACGUGAUGGGCGGGCCCCGCCCCAUCCCCUAUGCCUGGUGCGCUCCAGAGAGCCUACGCCAGGGGGCCUUCUCUUCUGCCUCGGACGUGUGGAUGUUCGGGGUGACGCUGUGGGAGAUGUUCUCUGGGGGCAAGGAGCCCUGGGCCUGGGUCCCGCCCUACCUCAUCCUGCAGCGGCUGGAGAAGGACCAAGCCCGGCUGCCUAGGCCUCCUCUCUGCUCCAGGGCCCUCUACUCCCUCGCCUUGCGCUGCUGGGCCCUCCACCCCGCUGAUCGGCCUAGCUUCUCCUCCCUGGAGGGGCUGAUCCAAGAGGCCUGGCCUCCUGAGGGGCGGUGUGUGAGGGAUGUCACAGAGCCAGGUGCCCUGAGGAUGGAGUCUGGUGAUUCCAUCACUAUCAUCGAGGGCAGCCCCAGCUCCGCAACCUGGAAGGGCCAGAAUAGUCGCACAUUAAAAGUGGGCACGUUCCCAGCCUCGGCAGUGAUGCUGACAGACUCGAAGGGCUCGCCAGCCACCUGCCCAGUCCACCGAGGCUCCCCGGCCUGGGGAGAGCAAAGACGGGGAAGCGUAGAUGGGGUCAGAGCCAAGGCAAAGCUUCGGGAGCCGCCUCCAGCUCAGGGGCAGAGAAGGAACAUGCCCCUGCAGAGGAUGAAGGGCAUUUCCAAGAGUCUGGAAUCUGUUCUGUCCCUGGGCCCCUGCCCCACAGGGGGUGGUUUGAGCCCCCCUGAACUUCGAAAAGCCAGAGAUGUCCUCCAGGGACCCCCAGGCCUGCCACCACGCCCUCCCUUUGCCUCCAGCUCUUCUCAGUCCAACCAGCCCCCCAGGGAGCGGCCUUCCUGGCCCAAAAGAGAACCCCUGCACAGUCACCCCUUGGGAGCACCUGGAGCCAGCAAAGCCACUGUUCUCUCUGGAGGUCUCUUGCCCGACCCCGAUUUGCAGAAGAGGGUUAUGGAGGUGGAGCUGAGCGUACAUGGAGUCACCCACCAGGAGUGCCAGGCGGCACUGAGAGCCACGGGAGGAGAUGUGGUUUCUGCCAUCCAGAACCUUAAGGUAGACCAGCUCUUCCACCUGAGUAGCCGGUCCAGAGCCGACUGCCGGCACAUCUUGGAGCAUUACCAGUGGGACCUCUCAGCGGCCAGUCGCUAUGUCCUGGCUCGGCCCUAAGCUCUGCUCCUUCAGACAUGGACACCAGAUGCACCGAGGAGCGGACCGUGUGGGGCCAAGCAGAGCAGAACCAGCCCUGAAAGGGUAUACGUUCCCACCCGAAGAGAGCCUGCCGUAGGCAGGUCCAGGAGGCCAGGGUCGGGCACUGACGCGUGUCUCCUCCUCCCCUGCCUCUUGGCCUCUGAGGGCUCAAGCUGCCUUGGCUGGGUCAUGGAAGGAUCUAGUCCACCCUGCCUACCACAUUUCCAACCAGGAGGAGGACUUGGAGGAACAGAGCUGCUAUACACCAUACCCAUAGGAAGCUUGUACCUGCUACAGAGAAUGACAAGUGGCCAUACUGACCCUGGGAACAGCCAUCCUGAGCUGCCUUCAGCUACACACUGAGCCCCAGGGGAACAGCCAUCCCGGAUGACGGGAGCAGCCAUACUGACUUGGGGCGCGUGGCCCAGACUGCCUUGGCUUGGGCUGGGGCCAUCAUGGGUGAUGGAAGUUGCUGUCUUGGAUGCAAGGACACUCGAUCCCGGCAGCAUGGAUUACGAGACGAGACGGGCCAGCCCCACCCGGCCCAGCUGUCAUAUUUCCCUUUGC